CAAUGCUGACUGCUUAACUUUUAGACUUUCAAAUAAGUUCCUGACUAAUGUUUAAAUUGCAGUUAGAGAUUAACUGAGCAGCAGCUGCAGGCAGUCCCACAGGAAGCCCCGCAGCGAGCAGACCGAUCCACUCUGACCGCCCCGCCAUGCACCGUGUCCGGGCCUGGACACGCGUGGCCCGCCUCUGCAGCGUGGAGUACCACGGAGCGUGGAAAAGAGGCCUGAGUCAGACAGCAGCCGCUUCCAGGCUGGAUCUCAGCGGCAUUUAUCCGCCUAUUGCCACUCCGUUCACCGCCAAGGAAGACGUGGAUUAUGAGAAGCUGGAGGAAAACCUGCAGAAAUAUGCAGAGAUCCCUUUUAAAGCCACCAGAGCAACACUCCGGCUCACGGAGAAGAUGGCGGCGGCCGGAGCAGAUGCAGUCCUGGUGGUAAACCCUUGCUUCUACAAGGGCAAGAUGGACAGCCGCGCUCUAAUUCAUCAUUUCUCAAAGGUGGCAGACAGCAGCCCAGUGCCGGUGGUUCUGUACAGCGUGCCGGCCAACACGGGCUUAGAACUGCCUUUGGACGCCGUGGUGGAGCUCGCUCAGCAUCCAAACAUCCUGGGCCUCAAAGACAGUGGAGGAGAUAUUACACGGAUCGGCCUGAUUGUUCACAGAACCAAGGCGCAGGAUUUCCAGGUCUUAGCGGGCUCAGCGGGGUUUCUGAUGGCUGCCUAUUGUGUUGGUGCUGUUGGUGGAGUGUGCGCCUUGGCCAACGUGCUGGGACAGGAGCUGUGUGAACUGGAGCGUCUGUGUCAGUCUGGGCAUUGGGGGGCAGCAAAAGUCCUGCAGCAGCGGCUCAUCGAACCCAACGCAGCUGUGACCAGGAAAUUGGGAGUUCCCGCCCUGAAGCAGGCGAUGGAGUGGUUUGGUUACCACGGCGGCGCCUGCCGUUCUCCUCUACGGCCGCUCACAGAGGCAGAGACCCAGCAGCUGAGACGGGAUUUCUCCACCAACGGAUGGCUGUGAAAUCAGAACACGUUUUUAACCUGUAGGAGUCUGAAACAGCAAUAAUAAAAUCUAUUUACUCUUUGAUGA